AUCCACAAUUACACCGGGAAUGUUUUCCUAGAGAUGUCAGCCUACAAAGGACACAAUCUCUCUUCUUCAAAUUCCUCCCCAAAAUGUCCUUUCCCAACAGCUCUCCAGCUGCUAAUACUUUUUUAGUAGAUUCCUUGAUCAGUGCCUGCAGGGGUGACAGUUUUUAUUCGAGCAGCGCCAGCAUGUACAUGCCACCACCUAGCGCAGACAUGGGGACCUAUGGAAUGCAAACCUGUGGACUGCUCCCGUCUCUGGCCAAAAGAGAAGUGAACCACCAAAAUAUGGGUAUGAAUGUGCAUCCUUAUAUACCUCAAGUAGACAGUUGGACAGACCCGAACAGAUCCUGUCGGAUAGAGCAACCUGUUACACAGCAGGUCCCCACUUGCUCGUUCACCGCCAACAUUAAAGAAGAAUCCAAUUGCUGCAUGUAUUCUGAUAAGCGCAACAAACUCAUUUCUGCCGAGGUCCCUUCGUACCAGAGGCUGGUCCCUGAGUCCUGUCCCGUUGAGAACCCCGAGGUUCCUGUCCCUGGAUAUUUUAGACUGAGUCAGACCUACGCCACCGGGAAAACCCAAGAGUACAAUAACAACCCCGAAGGCAGCUCCACUGUCAUGCUCCAGCUCAACCCUCGUGGCGCGGCCAAGCCGCAGCUCUCGGCUGCCCAGCUGCAGAUGGAAAAGAAGAUGAACGAAACCGUGAGCGGCCAGGAGCCCACCAAAGUCUCCCAAGUGGAGAGCCCCGAGGCCAAAGGCGGCCUUCCUGAAGAGAGGAGCUGCCUGGCUGAGGUCUCGGUGUCCAGUCCCGAAGUGCAGGAGAAGGAAAGCAAAGAGGAAAUCAAGUCUGAUACUCCAACCAGCAAUUGGCUCACUGCAAAGAGCGGCAGAAAGAAGAGGUGCCCUUACACUAAGCACCAAACGCUGGAAUUAGAAAAAGAGUUCUUGUUCAAUAUGUACCUCACCCGCGAGCGCCGCCUAGAGAUCAGUAAGAGCGUUAACCUCACCGACAGGCAGGUCAAGAUUUGGUUUCAAAACCGCCGAAUGAAACUCAAGAAGAUGAGCCGAGAGAAUCGAAUCCGAGAACUGACCGCCAACCUCACCUUUUCUUAGGUCUGAGGCCCCAUGUGAGGCCAGGAUCCCAGAGGGGGCACCGUGUUCCAGGCCUGAGUGUGGAGGACUGGGAAGGCGGAAACAAAACCUUCAUGGCUCUUUGUUUUUGUUUUUUGUUUUGUUCUGUUCUGUUUUCCUGCUAGAAUGUGACUUUGGGGUUAUUCUGUUCGUGCUGCAAGUGAUCUGUAAUCCCUAUGAGUAUAUAUAUAUUAAAAAAACUUAGCACGUGUAAUUUAUUUUUUCAUCGUAAUGCAGGGUAACUAUUACUGCGCAUUUUCAUUUGGGUCUUAACUUAUUGGAACUGUAGAACAUCCAUCCGACCAUCCAUUCAUCCACCCAUCUAUCCAACCAGCAAUGUGACUUUUCCACGGUUUCCCUCACAUAAAAGUUCUCUGUGUGUGGGUUAGCCCAUGAACUCAUGCCAUUUUGAAAACAUCCAGUACUUUUAAAAAAUUACGUAUAUAUUUCAAAUGAAUAAGAAAACCCACAAGCUUUGGGGGGAGGGGACUUUAAAAAGCACAUUACAAUGUAUCUUUUCACAAAUGAACUUAGCAAUUGUCCUUGGUGAAAUGGAGUAUUGAUGACGUAUGCCUUGUAGCCUUUCCCUCGUGGUGCAUCUGUGGUUUUGGUAGAAGUACAGCAGCAACCUGUGCUGUGUUCUCUGUGCAUGUUCUGACCGCAUGUAUAAUGCAAUAAACUCUGGAAAUGAGUUU